CGCACACGCACUGUCUCUCGCUCAAGCACAUACACACACGAGCUGCUUACUCUUCAGAAUGCCCUCGCUAGAGCCAAUCAGCUAAGCGUGCCGCCACUGUCAAAGAUUGCACACAGUUGCAGACCGCUCCCGUCGAACUGACCACUCUCUUGCAGCUUUGGUGAGUCCUCCGCUUUUUUCGGGAUGCCACAACUGACCACCAGUGCGUUUCAGGUGCUGUCACAACCUUCAGCGCGACAUUGCGUCAGUUAGAAUCGUAGGUGCGUCGUAGCCUGGUGUCCUGACAGCACUGGCGCCACACAUAAACCUACACGUGCCGAUGUGGAUGGGAUUGUGCAGUUUAAAGAGACCCUAGCGGAAUUAUGUCUUCAGUGGGAUUCAGUUUCCUGCCCUUCAGUAAACCCGGUGUCGUUUCUGCGAAGGAAUUACGAUGGAGUUUAUGUUGUGAAACGGAGCCUUGCCACAGGCCGUGUGUGUGUGUGAGUGUUGUCUGAAUGUUGAAUGUGUGAGGGCGCCUGAGUGUGUGUGUGUGUGUGUGUGUGUGUGUGUGUCAGGCAUGGAUGAGCAGGCCCAGGUGUUGUUCGAUGCCUUCGUGCAGGCGUCCACCUGCCGGGCGACACUGUCUGCGUUUGAGCAGGUGUGCUUGUUGCUACGGCUACAGCCGGGGCCACGCCUCUACCACACGCUCCGGCCGCGACUGGACUACUGGAGGGUGCGAGGCCUGUGGACACGACUGGACAAGAGGGCCGCACACACACUCUACCAGAACGGCCACGCCUGCGCCAACACCACGUGUCUGAUCAUCGGUGCAGGGCCCUGUGGCUUGCGGACGGCCAUUGAGCUGGCGUUGCUGGGGGCUCGGGUUCUGCUGCUGGAGAAGAGGGACUCGUUCUCGCGGAACAACGUUCUCCACCUGUGGCCCUGCACCAUCCACGACCUCCGCGGCCUCGGCGCCAAGAAGUUCUACGGACAGUUCUGCGCCGGAUCCAUCGACCACAUCAGCAUCAGGCAGCUGCAGUUGAUCCUGCUGAAGGUGGCUCUGCUACUGGGGGUGGAGGUCCAUGUGAAUGUGGAGUUCAAAGAUCUGAAGGAGCCGUCAGAUGACCAGCAGACUAGGUGGAGGGCUGUUGUCAAUCCUAAGAACCAUCCCAUCAGCCAGAUUGAUAUUGAUGUGGUCAUUGGAGCUGAUGGACGCAGAAACACGUUACCUGGGUUCAGAAGGAAGGAGUUCCGUGGAAAGCUGGCCAUAGCCAUCACGGCGAACUUCAUCAACCGGCGCACGAGAGCAGAGGCCCAGGCUCAGGAGAUCAGCGGGGUGGCCUUCAUAUUCAACCAGAGCUUCUUCCAGGAGCUACGCGCACACACAGGCAUCGACCUGGAGAACAUCGUCUACUAUAAAGAUGACACACAUUAUUUCGUCAUGACAGCUAAGAAGCAGAGUCUUCUGAAGAAAGGAGUCAUUUUACGAGACUACGCCGACACAGAGCAGCUGCUAUCCCGUGCAAACGUAGACCAGAAUGCCCUGCUGUCGUACGCGCGCGAGGCUGCCGACUUCUCCACCAAUCACCAGCUUCCUAUGCUGGACUUCGCCAUCAACCACUAUGGCCAGCCGGACGUGGCCAUGUUCGACUUCACGUGCAUGUACGCCUCGGAGAGCGCCGCCCUGGUGCGCCAGCGCGGAACACACACACUCCUGCUCACGCUGGUGGGAGACAGUCUACUGGAGCCUUUCUGGCCAAUGGGAACAGGGAUCGCUCGUGGCUUCAUGGCUGCCAUGGAUACAGCUUGGAUGAUCCGCAGCUGGGCGCAAGGUAGCACUCCACUGGAGGUUCUGGCUGAGAGAGAGAGUGUGUAUCGCCUGCUGCCCCAGACCACGCCUGAGAACAUCAGUAAGAACUACGGCCUGUACAGCCUGGACCCUCUCACACGAUACCCCAAUGUCAACAAGCGCCUCAUCAACCCAGCACAGGUUUUUCACCUUCUGGACACUGGGGAAGGAGGCUUUUCUUUUCCAGAGAGACUCUACUCCACACCACAGAUGACCAGACAAGAGUCUGUGGCCCGAUCCAAUGCCUUGCUGAACUGGUGCCAGGAGCAGACGCGAGGUUACCGUGGUGUCCAUGUGUGUGACCUCACUUCCUCCUGGAGGAGUGGCCUUGCCCUGUGUGCCCUCAUACACCACAACCGGCCCGACCUCAUUGACUUUGACUCGCUUGACCCACGAGACGCAGUGAGCAACGGGCAGCUGGGGUUGGACGUUGCCGAGCGCGAGUUUGGCAUCUCUCCAAUCAUGACGGGCACGGAGAUGAGCUUGCUGAAUGAGGCUGACCCCCUCAGCAUGGUGGUGUACCUGAGUCAGCUGCAGCAGCUCCUCAAGGAGGCAGCGCCAUCUGCUGAAGGGAUGUCUCAGAGUGGUACUCUCAUCUCUUCCAUGUCCCUCCUCAACAAACUGGGCCACAGUUUCUCUCGCAAGCGCAAUCCCAACCCUAAGGAUAAGAAAGAGAGGGACGAGGAGCGAGGGAAGCGGAGGAGAAGGAGCCAGGCGGGUCAGUCUGAAGAGGAGGACAUGCCAAGCGAUCACCAUGGUAACCAGAGCUCCGAUGUGGCCGGCGUGAUGGACGAGAGCUUGUGGCUGAGCGCCGGGGGAAACCACAACCGAGUCCGCUCCAUGGCCACCCUGCUGCUCGCCAAGUUUGAGGAGAACGCUCCCUCCCCCUCCCCACUGACCAGCGCGCGCAGACAGAGUGGCUCACUGCCCAACCUGCCAGACCUGGAGGCUCUGUCCCCGCCCCUGAUGCUCCCAGACCCCGCCCCUCUCCAUAUGCCUCCACCAAUCCCUGCAUGGAGACAGAAGAAGCGCACUCAGCAACAGCAGCUCAUGAGCAUCCGCUACAAGGAGAGACUCAAAGGGCACACGCUGCCCAGCAGGAAUGAGCAGAGGUACAUAAAGCUGUAUGCUGGUGGUGUGAGCUUAUUGGCUCAGCAGAUAAACAAUCAGCUGCAGCAUCAGGAGGAGCCUAGACCUCCUAUUGGCCCUGAGAAAAAGGAAGUGCCCCCGGGUGGUGUGUGUGCGAGCGAUGUGUGUUUCUUCUGCGGCCGGCGUGUGUACGCUCUGGAGCGGCUGAGCGCGGAGGCCAAGUUCUUCCACCGCAGCUGCUUCCAGUGCAGCCUCUGUAGCGCCACCCUCAGGCUGGCGUCCUACACCUACGAUGAGCUGCAGGGGAAAUUCUACUGCAAGCAGCACUAUGAGACACUAACUGGAAUUCACAGGAGAAAAUCGACUGCUGCUACAUUCUACUCCAUGUCUACACAGGCUACCUCAUCGAUCCCCCUCUCAGAGUCCACUCCAUCAAUAGCCGCUGCCCUCCCUCCACUCCCCCUAGUACACACACCACACACACCUCACACACACACCUCACCAGACACACAGCGACACACACACACACUCGCGCCGCCUGCCUCACACUCGCAGCCAAACACGCCUACCUCGCCUCUCCCACCCUUCCCACUUCAUAUACACACACCACACACACACACACACACCACCACCCAGCUUACCAUGCAGACGGACGCACAAACACCACCACACACACACUCCAUCAUGGUGCCACCACACACACACUCCCUCAACAUGUCCGCCCCUCCUGCGACACACACACACUCACACACAGUGACUCUGUCCGCAGUGGACACACACACACACACACCUACAUCAGUCGUGCCUCCUCACACACACACCACACUGGAAUCUCCGGCGUCUCCCACAGUGACCACCAAAGCAGAGAGUCCAGCAGAGUGCAUUCCGGUGGACAACACUACUCCUCCACACACACACUCACACACACACAACGAUGUGCUUGCUGCGACUCACGGGCACCUCCGGCUCGAGCCCGGGACCCUGUCGCUCCCUCACACACACUCACACACACACACCCCAACCACACACUCACACACACACACCCCAACCACACCUGAGCGCAUCGAGCUGGAGUACUGCAUGCCGCCGCCAGCGCCACACGCGCUCGCCCUCACACACACCCUAGGCUCCGCCCAUGUGACGCCUGAGCGCAUCGAGCUGGAGAACUACACGCCAUCGCACUCGCACACGCUCAGUCCGGCCAGCCCCCUGCUAGAGGUGCCCGAGGAGACGCUGACGCAGCACAACCUCAGCCAACGGGAACUGAGUGGGGAGGAGCUCAGCAGCUCAGAGUCAGACUUAGAGGAACUGGAGGACCUUCAGGCCAGAGAGGAACGAGGGAAGCAGGGAGACAGACAGACAGACGAGGGGAGAGUGGGAACGACAGAGGAGGCGCAGAGGAGUGGAGGAGGAGGAGAGGAGGGAGAGGAGGAACAGAGGAGCGGAGGAGGAGAGGAGGCAGCUGAGUCUGGGGAGGAAGAGGGGGAGGAUUACGCAGACUCCAGCGACGAGGGUGAAUAUUCUCCCUGGGAGAGAGAACGUUGGUCGGGGGUGUGGCUUGGUCCUGUGACUGAAGAAGAGGAGGCGGGGUUAGUGAAAGAGUCCAGUGACGUGGAAGAUUACCCAGAUCACUACGGUUCUCUUGAUACACCCGACGUGUCAGUUAUGAGUGAUGCCAGGUACAGUCUGUCGUCUUCGUCAACGCUCCUCUGCUCUGCGGUGACCCCCACACAGCCGUCGUCCCCCACGCUCACACAGACCUCCACUCCGCAGCGGUCCCCACACACGCCGCCCAACACGCCACCCGAGACCCUGGAGAAGCGCUCGGUCCGACGCUCAGAGGUCAUCCAGGAGUUCUGGACGAAGAGCUCGGAGAUCAGGAAACGCCUGGGCGCCACACCACGCGCACACACACAUGCCCCCACGCGUUCCAGACACACACACACACACGGUCACACGUCCAGCACUGACGGCUCAACGCCGGCCACCCAGGAGCACGUGGGGGAGAGGAAGUGUGUGUGUGAGGAAUGUGUGUGUGCAGAGGUGGCUCAGAGGCUUAGCGUCAUAGAGCAGAAUCUGCUGACCCCUCCCUGCAGUCCUGCCACCCAUGCUAACUCCACCCAUGCUAACUCCACCCAUGCUAACUCCAACUCCAACUCCAAUGCUAAUUCUGACCCCAACCUUUUUGACAGCUCUCAGCCUAAACUGGACACAGAAUUUGACCCGAGCCUUAUACCUGACCUUAGCGCUGAUCCUAACGUUGACCUUAAUAUUGACCCUGACCCUGACCCGAUGCCGUGCUGCAAAGUGGACUUUGACCCAGGCAGCCGCUCCGUGCCGCUCGUGUGUGAGGUCCUUCUCAGUUCAUCUGCCCCUGUUCAGAUCGCGGCGGACGCUCACACACACACAUCUGCUGACCCUGACACACAGCUGGCCUCAGACGCUCAGGUGGAGUCGGCGAAGCGAGUUGGUCAGCGAGUUGCCAACGAGCCCUCCCCCCCAGACCCUCCGGAGAUGAAGGAGAUGUCCACUCAGACCUCCUCGGCCACCGGCCGGCCAAAGUUAGCUGAGAACGGCACAAGCGGCGGGCACGCCCACCCAGACACCACAAUGCAUGCUGGGAGGACCCUAGAGCCAAGGGUGGUGGUGGAGGUGGAGCAACGCAGACGCCUUGGAGUCUUCUCGCCGCGGAAACCACCUCCGACCGCACACACACUCCCCCCCCUGGACAGACCCAAACACACACUCCCCCCCCUGGACAGACCCAAACACAAGUCCCUGUGGAGGAGCGUGUUCUCUGGGUAUCGCAGGAAGAAGAAGGAGGCGGAGCCUGGGGGAGCAGUGGGCGGGGCCAGCCAGGAGGCCGGCAAGAGGAGCACAGAUCUGCGUUUCAAGAAGAACCAAACUUUCUCUGCUGAUUCUUCACUGUCAUGCAGUGAUGUGCUGGAAAGAUUACCCCUCAGAGCCCAGCUCAGUUUUGAACCAUCCGACAUCCAGAAAGACAUAAUAAAGGAGGAAGAGGAGGACGAGCAGAAUGGAGAUGAGAGACGCAGCGCUCGACCCCGGCGACCCGCGGGCCCCCAAACCCCGCCGGACUCCUCCUGCUCCACAGAGGUGGUGGGGGUGUGGGUAGUGCCACCCGACCCGUCCAGCCUGAGCGUGUCCACAGACAUCCUGCAGGAGCUGCAGCAGCAGAGGCAGCCGCUGUCCGACACGCCAUCGCUGGCCGACAGCAGUGACCCCAAGCACACGCGCAGGAUCCAGAAGGAGGCCCAACGACACGCCAAACAACAGGAGCUCAAGAGGCUGCACCGCGCACAGAUGAUCCAACGUCAGCUGGAGCAGGUGGAGGUGAAGCAGAGGCAGCUGGAGGAGAUGGGAGUGGCUGUGGAGAAAGCACUGAGAGGGGAAGCAGAUUACUGGGAGGACUCCAACUCCACUGCAGUGCUGGACAUGCAUCUGGGUGCCAUGGGAGCGCGAGAUGACCCCUCCCUGAUGCAGCAGUGGUUUAAAUUGGUGCAGGAGAAGAAUGCCCUGGUGCGCUAUGAAUCUGAGCUGAUGAUAUUUGCUCGAGAGCUGGAGUUGGAGGAUCGUCAGAGUCGACUCCAGCAGGAACUCAGGGAACGGAUGGCAGUAGAUGACCAUCUGAAGGGGGAGGAGGAGCUAGCGGAGGAGAGGAGCAUCCUGUGUGAGAUGCUGGAGGUGGUGGAGCAACGUGAUUGGCUCGUCUCCCUGCUGGAGGAGCAGCGCCUGAAGGAACAGGAAGAGGACCGAGACCUGGAGGCCACCAUCCUGUCCAAGGGCUUCAGCUUGCACUGGACCUGACACACACACGCACGCACACACACACAAGUCUAACACACAUGCAUUGCGUACACACACAAACACACACAUACAGUUCUCACUACUUCUGACCUGAAGAAAGAGGAACAAAGUUAUUUCUUCUUGGAUUUCUUCUUGUGUGCAUUCAGACUGAUGGCCUCCGUACACCAAACAACGUUGACAAGAUUUGGGAAAGAUUCUUGAAAGAUUGUACUCUUUGAAUGGUAGUGUUUGAAUGGGGGGCAUUAGUUAAAAGACUACAAUCUUUCAAGAAUCUUUCCCAAAUCUUGUCAAAGUUGUCUAAGGUGGCCAUUAGCUGCUAUAGCUGCUAUGCUCCUUGUGGAGGAGAUGAUGCCUUGCUGCCAAAUAGUGCUCUCUCAGAGUGGAGGAGAUGAUGCCUUGCUGCCAAAUAGUGCUCUCUCAGUGCCGUCAGCUGUUCCCCUGUGCAUAAGGAAGACCCACAACAAAUACUACAGAUUAUGCAAUUGAAAAUGGAUGUCUUAACUUUGUCCAAAUAUACAUGGUGUUAAUGGAGUAAAAUAUUUACAAGUGUACUAAUAAUCAUGAUUUAUUUUCCAAGCUAAUGAAAUAAUCAAAUUGAGGAGGAUUGACCUUUGCUGAAUUUGUCCUUACAGGUUCUCAGACAUAUUGUGCUUGGCCAUACUCACAUGUAAGACAUCAUCCUUUAGGCAUAGCUGCUUUAGCCUGUAAAGACAUUUGUCAUUAUGCUUAAUUGUGGCUACAUUGAGCAUUCACCCAUAGUGCAAGUAGCAAUACAUUGUGUGGUGAUGAAUAUGCUGAUGAAAUGUGACUCUAUACAGUUGUUUUACAAUGUACAUGUAAUAUUUUCCUCUAAUAAAUCCUUUGGAUUCUA